GACCACCCUUCUUCCCGCCUCCCACUCCUCGCAGCGCAGCUCUGAGCCGCUGCCUCCUCUCGCCUCACUCGCACCGGCACUCCACUCGUGCCUCUCUGAUCGGCCCCGUCUAGUCGUGGCCCUGCGAGCUCUCUCGCCCGCGCGCACCGCCCGCCCUCUGCGAGCGCCCCCUCUCCCGCACCUUCUCCGAGCCACACCCCGCACGCCACGAUGGCCACCUUCCGCCCCAACAUCGCGCCCGUGCCGAGCGCGGCGCAGUUCCUCGACAUUGUGCUGAGCAAGACGCAGCGCAAGACGCCCACCGUCGUGCACCCGGGAUGGAAGAUCACUCGUAUCAGGUCGUUCUACAUGCGCAAGGCCAUGUUCACGCGCGAUGCCUUCUGCGAGAAGCUCGACGCCAUCCUCGCCGAGUUCCCGAUCCUUGACAACCUGCACCCGUUCAUCUCGUCGCUGAUGAACGUGCUGUACGACAAGAACCACUACAAGCUGGCGCUGGGCCAGCUGAACACGGCGCGCCACCUGAUCGACCAGGUGGCCAAGGACUACACGCGCCUCAUCAAGUUCGGCGACUCGCUGUACCGCUGCAAGCAGCUGAAGCGUGCUGCGCUUGGUCGCAUGGCGACGAUCAUGCGCCGGCAGAAGGACCCGCUCGCCUACCUCGAGCAGGUGCGCCAGCACAUUUCGCGUCUGCCGUCGAUCGACCCCUCGACGCGCACGCUGCUCAUCUGCGGCUACCCGAAUGUGGGCAAGUCGAGCUUCAUCAACAAGGUCACGCGCGCCGACGUCGACGUGCAGCCGUACGCCUUCACCACCAAGUCGCUCUUCGUCGGCCACAUGGACUACAAAUACCUGCGCUGGCAGGUCAUCGACACGCCCGGCAUCCUCGACCACCCGCUCGAGGAGAUGAACACCAUCGAGAUGCAGUCCAUCACCGCGCUCGCGCAUCUGCGCUCCGCCGUGCUGUACUUCAUGGACCUGAGCGAGCAGUGCGGCUACACCAUCGAGGCGCAGGUCGCCCUGUUCAACUCGAUCAAGCCGCUCUUCGCCAACAAGCCGACGAUGCUCAUCAUCAACAAGAUUGAUGUGCGGCGCCUGAGCGACCUCGAGCCGGAGCGUGCGGCGCUUGUGCGCAGCCUGGCUGACGACAGCGACGGCAAGGUCGUGAUGGCGGAGAUCAGCACCUUCACCGAGGAGGGCGUGAUGGCGGCGCGCAACACGGCGUGCGACGCGCUACUCGAGACACGUGUCGAGGCGAAGAGCAAGGGCGGCAAGGUGGAUGCCAUCCUCAACCGCGUGCACGUCUCGCAGCCCAAGGCGCGCGACGACAUCGAGCGCAAGCCGUUCAUCCCGGCCGGCGUGGCGACGCGCAAGAAGUACGACAAGAACGACCCGGAGCGCCGCCGCCUCGAGCGCGACGAGCAGGAGGAGCGCGGCGGUGCCGGUGUGCACAACAUCGACCUCAAGAAGAACUACCUCAUCCCCGAGGAGGAGCGCUGGGACGUCAUUCCCGAGUUCGCGCACGGCAAGAACAUCGCCGACUUUGUCGACCCGGACAUCAUGGAGCGCCUCGAGGAGCUCGAGCGGGAGGAGGAGCGGCUCGAGGCCGAGGGCUUCUACGACGUCGAGCAGGAGGAGGAGGAGGAGGACGAGGAGCGGGAAGUGCGGGAAGCGGCCGAGUCGAUCCGCAAGCGCAAGGACGAGGCGAAGCUGAUGAGCCAGGACCGCAAGUCGCUCAAGGCGCGCGCACGCGUGCCGCGCAAGAUGCAGUCGCGCACGCUCGGCGAGAUGGAGGAGAAGCUGCGCAGCCUCGGCAUCGACCCGAGCAGCAUCACGGCGCGCGCCGAGAUCCUCGCCAAGGCCAAGGGCAUCACUGUUACGGCCGGCAAGCGGAAGCGCACAGGAGAGGAGGCCGAGGAGAUGGAGGUGGACAGCGAGGCCGGCGCCGCCGACGACUCGGCCGCCUGGUCCGACGAGGACGAGUCGAUGGACGUCGACGACGCUGCCGCGUCUGCCCGGGGCGCCAAGUCGCGCAAGAGCAACGCCGGCAAGCGUCUGGCCACGGUGCGCUCGGCCACUGCCGGCAUCGGCACAACCACAAAGUCCGGCGGCCGGCCGUCGGCACGCGCCGGCCCCGUGCGCACGCCGUCGAAGAACCGGCAGACCGAGGGCUUCCAGGGCCCGGCACAGAUCCGCAAGGCGCGCGACCUGCACGACCUGUCGCUGCGCGAGCGCAACCGUCUCGCCAAGGCAUCCGAGUCCGACCGCGCCAUCAAGGAGAAGAUGCCGAAAUGGCUCUUUGCCGGCAAGCGUGGCAAGGGCACGUCGCGCAGCCGCUGAGCGCAGACAUCUCUCGCCGGCUCCGCUUCCUUGCACGACCUGUCCCACCCCUACAUCUAUCUGUGCUCCCGGUCUGCCUCACGCCCCCGUUACCGACCAUCUGCUCCGCUCUUGUACAAUCCAGCCUCGCUUUCAGACCGCGCCGCGUGCUAGGCUUUGCGAGAGGAGUCUGGAUUCGUGUCGCAGGCCAAGCCUCUGAGCUUCGUGUGAGAGACGCGCCCGCCUCCGUCCCGCCCGCGCUGCCUCCGCCCGCUUUCCCUUUUGUCC